ACUGUUUAGUAGUUUAGUACGCAGGGUGCAUUUAGCCAUUUUAAAAGCGGAUUUGCUCCACCCUCUGUAUGAGUCAGAGAUUUUUACGAGUGCUCCAGUAGUGACAGCUCAAAGCUGUCCACGUCAACACUAAACACCACCAUGGACUCCGUGGCUCUGGGGCCUUCGUUGUACACCGUUAAGGCAGUCUUCAUCUUGGAUAAUGACGGAAACCGACUUCUUUCAAAGUACUAUGACACAGAGCUGUAUCCCUCUAUGAAGGAGCAGAAGAAUUUCGAGAAGAACGUCUUCAACAAAACACAUAAAGCAGACAAUGAAAUAGCCUUCCUGGAGGGCAUGACUAUAGUGUACAAGAGCAGCAUAGACCUGUUCUUCUAUGUUGUGGGCAGUGCACAGGAGAAUGAGCUGAUGUUGAUGGCAGUGUUGAAUUGUCUGUUUGAGUCUCUCAAUCAGAUCUUGAGGAAAAAUGUGGAGAAAAGAAGUCUGCUGGAUAAUUUGGAUGGAGCCUUUCUGGUGGUGGAUGAGAUCAUUGAUGGAGGGGUGAUCCUGGAGAGCGACCCGCAACAGGUAGUCGAGAAGGUCAACUACAGGACUGAUGACAACCCUCUAUCAGAACACAGUGUGGCUCAGCAUAUCACUGAGAAACUGGCUAUCACCACUAAUGUGUUACAGACUGCAAAGGAACAGAUCAAGUGGUCAAUACUGAAAUAAUCUCCUUCACAGUGAGCGGAUCUGUAAAUGAUCUGAAGUGAUUUGGGAAAUAUUGUAGCCAUUCAGCUUUACUUUUUAUGAAACCCACUAGACUAAUUAAUUAUGAUACUAGCUGUAGGUUCAGCUGUUUUUAUUAUUAAGCCAUUCAGACUUGAAUGCUUUUAUUAAACAGGUUAUACUGUGCAUAAAACUAAGAAGGGUAAUUUUCCACACAUUUUGAGCUUGAUGGCCGAUAUCCAAGAAGUUAGUAAUGUGGACACUAGCGAUAGGCCUGAUUUGCACUGAAUAUUUUCAGCAUGUGCACCAGAUGCUACACAUUAAUUAAAAAAAAAGUGUGCUGUAGCGAGUAAUCAAAAAUUGUGUCUGAUUCAAUUUUGUAUUUAUUAUUUUAAGACUAAAUAUGUGAUUGCAAUUGUAGCACACUUUUGACAAUUGUAACCAAAGCAUUUGGUGUAUUGUUAUUUUGAACUUUUAUCAGUACAACCUCAUUAAUUCACUAUAGAUCUGACUUUCUAGAUUUGUUUGUCCUAAUAUCUGCUUUAAAAUUGAGAUAGGAGCCACUUCAAGUGGCUUUGUUACAUUCAGUUAUUUCUGUAAAUGUUGUUUCAUUGGGUCUAUUAUUAGGUCCUUCACUAUCAAAAUACUAUUUUUAUUUAUUUUAUUAUUUUUUUUAAAACUAAAAAUCUAAUCUUGUUCAGAAACCAAAGAGUAAAAGUAAAGGCAAACUUAUAUGUUACUGAAGAAAUAAGAACGUUAUAUUCAUACUCUCUCUUAACUAUUAGACAGAUUUAUUUAAGCGAUUUCUAACGAAAAAACUUUAAGACUGCAGGUGAAAGAAUUCCAUGUUAUUAUGAAUUGUGUAAUCCCUAGUUGUUUUUAUUUUGUUAGGAAUGGUCUAAUGAGUGCUAGUUAAGAAACACUUAACCAGAUCUGGAAAUUGUCUCUGGAUGUUAAUAAAUCUCAUUUUGAUAAGACA